UCGAGGGCUCGGGGGCGCACGGCGCACCCACCGCAUCGACCCCUCCCCUAUUUCCCAUACUUCACUAACUCCGGUGCGGUCGCGGCGGAUUCGUUCUUAGCAAGUUUUGUCGGUCUCGAGGAGGUCUCACAAAACAUGGCAAUGGGGAUGAGAGCCAGUAAAUCUGUGGACAUGUCGGAGGACCUAUCUCAGGCGAUUGCGCCUUAUGCUACCGCCCUGCACGACGCAUUACUCCACUCGCAUUGUUCCUCAUGUUUCCGCAACAUACCGACUCAACCCCCCUAUGCCAUGUCUUGUAUGACGUGUGGUUAUGUUCGAUACUGCUGCUCAGACUGCUGUAUAUCAGACUGUGAAGUGCAUUCAUCUUCUGGAGAAUGUUGCUUCUUUGCGAACCAUCUCAGGGAAGCCUCCCCCUCCUAUCUUACGGAAGAAACAAGCAAUAUCCGUGCUGCCCUGCGCCUUCUUUAUUCGCUUGAGAUGCGUGAUCUUGUUUCAUUUGAUUCAGUCAGCAGUCCCAAUAGAAUCGGUGGACUUUCGGCAAGUGGUAUUGGGCAAGUUAUGGAGGAAGGUGGAGAGAUUGCCGAGAUGAUUAUGGAGGGAAGUUUGUUGAUGUUGUCUGCCAGGAAAUUACGAAUGCAAACCACACUUGGUUUCUCCAACGGUCUGACAAUAGAGAAGGUGGCACUGUGGGCAGUGAUGACAGAUAGUGUUGAGGUGCAGAUUAGUGAAGGAAGGGCUCUGGGGAUUGCUGUUUAUGGCCCUAGAUUCUCAUGGUUCAAUCAUAGCUGCUGUCCUAAUGCUUCUUACCGAUUUGUAUUGGCUUCACGGAAUGAAGACUGUACUUCAGACAAACCAGAAUCCUGUGUAGUCCCUAUUUGCAAAGGAGCUGCACCAGAUGUGUGGCAUGCUUGGCAGUCUGAAGAAGAUGAUUCUGCUCAUGCUCAAUGCAGAUAUGGUCCACAAGUUGUUGUUCGCUGCACAAAGUCGAUCAAUAAGGGAGAUGAAGUUUUCAUAACAUACAUUGAUCUUCUUCAGACCAGGGAAGCAAGGCUUUCAGAUCUGUGGUCCAAGUAUAAAUUCAUUUGUUCUUGCGAGCGUUGUACUGCAGUACCAAAACCGUACGGGGAUCUUAUUCUGAGUUGUGAUGCUAGGAACUUGAAUACAUCAGAUGAUGCUGUUACAGAUCCAGCAAUUAAGGAUUUGGACAAUAUCUUACAGCAGGCAAUCUCUGAAUGCUCAUUUCUUGAUGACCCUAAAGCUUGCUGCGAUGUAAUUGAAAGCAUGCUUUCAGAAAACCUGAUGAGUAAUUUGCAGCAAGAGGAACAGUCACCAAGGAAAUACAUACUACACCCUCUACAUCACAUCAGUAUCAGCAGUUUCAUGGGUGCUGGCCAUUUUUAGCCCAAGGCUUACCCUGCCUGGAAAAGAUAAAGAACCCCAUAGACUUCAGUUGGCUUGGUCCAGCAAUAUUUCAGGCUUUCCAGCUUUCUGAGGAAGAU